AUGGAAAAUAACAAGUCAUAUUUAUUAUCAAAAGAAGCUUCAAACUCUUCUCGAAAACAGCGUUCAGUUUCUAUACUACAAUAUGGUAACGACGAGAAGUCACACUAUAACAGAAGAUUAACAGAACAUCAACAACAAGCAGCGGCAGCUUCUUUCCGAAGAACAAACGCACGCAAAAAGUUAUCAGUUUUAUUGGGAUUCUCUACCGGUAAUAGCGAAAAAAAGUUUGAGUCUGUUAACAGUGAUACUAUUCCUGAAAUGAGUCUAUCAAAACAUGUAAUAGCAGGAUAUUUUGUCUCGUGGGGAAUUUACGCGCGUGAACAUAACGUCGCGAAAGUGGACGCGACAAAACUUUCACAUAUUUUGUACGCGUUUGCUAAUGUUCGUGAGGAUGGAACUGUGUUUUUGGGUGACCCUUGGGCAGAUAUCGAGAAACAUUAUGAAGGGGAUUCGUGGAAUGAGGAAGGGACCAAUUUGUAUGGAAGUUUUAAACAGUUGGGGCUUUUGAAACGUCAGAAUCGACAUGUCAAAGUUAGUUUAUCGAUUGGUGGGUGGACGUGGAGCUCGAAUUUUGCUGGGGUUGCUGCUAGUCAUGAAACUAGGAGGAGAUUUGUUGAUUCAUCUAUAGAGUUGUUGAAUGAUUUAGGACUGGAUGGGUUAGAUGUUGAUUGGGAAUAUCCUAAAGAUAAAAAUGAAGCAAAGAACUUCGUGCAAUUAUUGGAAGAACUUCGACAUGCUUUAGACAAAUGCGCUGAAUCCAAGAACGAAACUACCAGAUAUUUAUUAACUGCUGCGGUUCCAUGCGGCAAAGAAAAAUAUAAAGUAAUGCGUCUGGACGAAAUGAACGAAUAUUUGGACUUAUUCUACCUAAUGGCUUAUGAUUUCGAGGGUGCAUGGUCCAGUCAUGCAAAUCACCAAACACAUCUCUAUGGAGGUGACGUGUCAACAGAUCGAGCAGUAAGGUAUUACCUAAAACAAGGAAUCCCCUCCCACAAAAUAAUAUUAGGAGUUCCAAUGUACGGUCGCGCAUUCCAAAACACUAAAGGUCUCGGACAUCGGUUUGAAGGUGUUGGUGAGGGCACAUGGGAACAAGGAAUCUAUGAUUAUAAACAACUUCCGCGACCUGGUGCUCUUGAGCAUUUUGAUGAGAAGUCUGUGGCAAGUUAUAGCUAUGAUGAUUGCUCUAGGGAAUUAGUCACUUAUGAUACACCAAAAAGUCUUCAUCACAAGUGUAAGUAUAUUCAAGAGAAAAAAUUAGGUGGGACAAUGUUUUGGGAGUUGAGUGCUGAUCACCCGACUGAUCAUGAACGAUCAUUGCUUAGUGUUGUAUAUCAUGGAUUGGGUGGUGCUCAAUGUCUAGAUGAUACACCGAAUCAUUUGUCGUAUCCUGAUAUGAUGAAUUUAUUUGGAUUAGUCUUUGACGCCUAUAUGGUCACAGUUAGUCAAAAG